GAAUCUUCUACCCUUCCUCCCUAAGCAGGUUUAUCAAUUUUUGUUAAAAUGGCUCAGCUCCUGAACAGCAUACUCACUGUGAUCAAGGUGUUCCAGAAAUAUGCCAAAGAGAGUGGGAAAUGUACCUUGCUUUGCAAGAAAGAGUUGAAGCAGCUGCUCUUGGCUGAGUUUGGAGAUAUCCUCCAGAGACCAAAUGACCCAGACACAGUGGAAACCAUCCUGAGCCUCUUGGAUAAAGACAGAAAUGGACAUGUUGAUUUUCAUGAAUAUCUCUUGUUGGUGUUCCAAUUGGCUCAAGCUUGCUAUCAUAAACUGGAUAGUAAGUCAUGUGGAGAUAGAAUCUCCCAGCAAGAAGUGGAGCAGGAGAGAACACAAGACCAUAGGUUUCCAGAAAAUACAGGCAGGCAACACAGGCAGAGGCAUGAUGGAGAAAAGCAGGUCUCCCACUGCCCUCAGUCUGAGAGACAAAACCAGGAUGCCCACCAGGAUCAGUCAGAGAGACAGGAUAGGGAUUCCCAUUAUGGUCAGUCUGAGAGACAGGAUAGGGACUCCCACUGUGGUCAGUCUGAGAGACAGGACAGGAACUCCCACUAUGGUCAGUCUGAGAGACAGGAUAGGGACUCCCACUGUGGUCAGUCUGAGAGACAGGACAGGAACUCCCACUAUGGUCAGUCUGAGAGACAGGAUAGGGACUCCCACUAUGGUCAGACUGAGAGACAGGAUAGGGACUCCCACUAUGGUCAGACUGAGAGACAGGAUAGGGACUCCCACUAUGAUCAGUCAGAGAGACAGGAUAGGGACUCCCACUAUGGUCAGACUGAGAGACAGGAUAGGGGCUCCCGCUAUGAUCAGUCAGAGAGACAGGAUAGGGACUCCUGCUAUGCUCAGUCAGAGAGACAGGAUAGGGACUCCUGCAAUAGUCAGUCUGAGAGACAGGAUAGGGACUCCCACUAUGGUCAAAGAUGGAGACAUAAAUCUAGCAGUAGCCAGCCUAAAAGACAAGGAUAUAUUUUUGCCUUAAGUCAGUAUGACAAACAAGUUCAUAAUUCUCGUUAUGGCCAGAAAAACCAACAGCAAUCAGGCUCUUAUCAUGGACAGUCUCAGAGGCUGGAUCAGGAAUCAGGCUAUGGUCAGAGAGAUAGACAAGAAUUGUACUUUCAAUAUGGCCAGACAGACAGACAAGACCAGCAUUCUCACUAUGGCCAGAGAGACAGACAAGGCCAGAGUUCCCACUAUGGUCAGUCAGAGAGACAAGGCCAGAGUUCUCACUAUGGUCAGACAGACAGACAAGGCCAGGGUUCUCACUAUGGCCAGGAAGACAGACAAGGCCAGAGUUCUCACUAUUGCCAGAGAGACAGACAAGGCCAGAGUUCCCACUAUGGUCAGUCAGACAGACAAGGCCAGAGUUCUCACUAUGGCCAGAUAGACAGACAAGGCCAGAGUUCUCACUAUGGCCAGGAAGACAGACAAGGCCAGAGUUCCCACAAUGGUCAGUCAAACAGACAAGGCCAGAGUUCUCACUAUGGCCAGGUAGACAGACAAGGCCAGAGUUUUCAGUGUAGCCAGACAGACAGACAAGGCCAGAUUUUCCAGUAUGGCCAGAGGGACAGACAAGGCCAGAGUUCUCACUAUGGCCAGACAGACCGACAAGGCCAGAGUUCUCAGUGUAGUCAGACAGACAGACAAGGCCAGAGUUUCCAGUAUGGCCAGAGAGACAGAUAUGCCCUAGGUUCUCAGUGUAGCCAGAGAGACAGACCAGGCCAGAGUUCUCACUAUGACCAGACAGAUGGACAAGGCCAGAGUUCUCACUAUGGCCAGACAGACAGACAAGACCAGAGUUCCCACUAUGGUCAGACAGACAGACAAGGCCAGAAUUCUCCCUAUGGUCAGACAGAGAGACAAGGCCUAGGUUCUCAAUGCAGUCAGAUAGAUAGACAAGGUCAGAGUUCCCACUAUGGUCAGACAGACAGACAAGGCCAGAGUUGCCGUUAUGGCCAGACAGAGAGACAAGACCUCAGCUCUCACUAUGGUCAGAUGGACAGACAAGACCAAGGUUAUCGUUAUAACCAGUCAGAUAGACAAGGCCUGAGCUCUUGUUAUGGCUGGACAGACAGACAAGGCCAGGGUUAUCAUUAUGGUCAGACAGACAGACAAAGCCUGAGCUCUCACUAUGGUCAGUCAGCAAUUGGGGUAACAGGGCAAAAUAGUUACCUCCAAGGCAGUGAGGGAACAACCAGAGACUCUUAUGUUGAGCAAUCAGGAAGGUCAGGGAGACUAAGUCAAAAGACUCAAGGACAGGAAGUAAUUCAAAAUCAAGGGCAGAGAUUCCAGUCUAGGGAAGGCCAACAGAACAGCCAUCGGGCAUGGGAGCCUGAGGAGGAUAGCCAACAUGACCAACACAAACUCAUAGCAGAAAUCCAGCAAGAAAAAUCACACAAUUACAAAGGAGGUGACUGGCAGUCAAUUAGUGGCGAGCAGGACCACAGACAGUCCCAGGCCAGGCAAAGUCAUGGAGAGGGGCAGAGCCAGCAGGCAGAGGAAGAGCAGGGCCAACAAACCUGGGGCAGACAUGGUUGUGAGAGUCAAGAAACUCCAUGGGAGAUGCAGGGCAGGCAAACCCAUGAAGAAAAACAAAACCAUCAGAGACAGGACAGGCAAACCCUUCAUGAUGAGCAGAACCAUAAGAGAUGGGACAGGCAGACCCAUGAAGAUGAGCAGACCCAUCAGCGACAAGACAGGCAAACCUAUGAAGAUGAGCAGACCUGCCAGCGACAAAAGAGGCAAACCCAUGAAGAUGAACAGACCCGUCAGCGACGAGACAGGCAAACCCAUGAAGAGAGUCAAAACUGUCAACAACAAUGGGAUAGGCAAACCCUUGAGGAGGAAGAAAGAUAUCAAGGAUCCCAGGAUCAACAAUCUUAUGAGAACCAGCAAAGAUGUGCUAAUAGAGAAAAAUUCCACAUGAAUGAAAAUAGCCAGAAGCAAGGUUCCCAGGGAAGACACAGUAACCUGACCUUCCAUCCCACCCAGACUGGUGGGAGGCCCCCAAGGAGAGAACAAGGUAGAAGUCACUCUACCAAAGCAGCUCCUACUCCCAAUCCCCUCUAUGACUAUGUACAAGAGCAGAAAAGGAAUCAGCACUAGGCUGUGCACACACCAGAGCUAAAGCAACUUGAAACCAAGGAAGAAAUCCAAGUUUAUCCUUACUUCUGUUUAAGAGAUUGAAAAUGUUUGUCUUCCUUCCCUCUUCUAUCUACUUGAAAGGAUGCUUUUGAGAACUAGUAUUCACUUUUAGGGCAUUUCUAUUCUAGGUUGUUCUAGUUGGGUUAAAUCUGAGUGGUAAGUUGGGUGAUACAAUCAGAUCCCAAUUUUUAAUACUUUGGGUAUUUAAAUCAUUUCCUGGCUUUCUAUCUGUGUAGGUGGGACAUGGUUGGAUCACUGAAACGUAGAAACUUCUCCCAAUAAUUCAGAAACAGGAAAAGUAUUCUGAAGAUGCAUAUUACAGCCUGAGGACAGGACAGGUAGCCUUGGGCUCCUAUGGACAAAAUACCAGGAAUUGCAAACCUCAUAGCCUACACUAAAAUGAAACAGGAUGAGAGGCUUCUAGGAAAGUCCUCCCUGAAGUUCACAAUACCUUCCAUGCCCAGGCUCCUACCCUUCACCAGAGGCACUAUCCCCUGAGCUGCUAUCACUACAGCUGACUGGACAGGUUCCAGCUUCAUAUGUAUCCAG